CUGAUGCCGUUACAGAGGAAUAACUCCGACUCAGACCCGGUGGUGAUGCAGGACCGGAGACCCCCUGCAGUGCACGACUGAUAGGACCGGAGACCCCCUGCAGUGCACGACUGAUAGGACCGGAGACCCCCUGCAGUGCACGACUGAUAGGACCGGAGACCCCCUGCAGUGCACGACUGAUAGGACCGGAGACCCCCUGCAGUGCUCAGAGUGCCGGGGGUCCGAGGCGCGGGUGCGCUUCUGGUGUUGAAUCCUGGGAGGAGAUGGCUCAGAGAGGCGCGCGCUGCACCGCACUGCUGUUUGUGUUUAUUCUCAGUGUGUCAUGUCUCGAGGUCACCGAAUCCAGUUCUCCCUCACUGCUGGAAUCUCUCCGGUUACCUUCAAACACAGAGUAUGAGAUCGUGGCUCCAUACGAAGUAGACCGUCACGGUCGCUACAUUUCCCACGCCGUCGCUCAUCCUCACCGCAGGAAACGCUCGCUGGAGCAUCACCGGAUUGACCACACUACUAUGGCGCACUUUCGUCUCCAGGGUCUCGGACAGAGCUUCCACAUGGAGCUGCGUCCCUCCUCCGGUCUCCUCGCUCCGGGGUUUACCGUCCAAACUCUGGGUGACAAUGGCACAGAGAAGCUGGAGACCUUCCCUGGAGAGGAUUUCUGCUUCUAUCAAGGGUCACUGAGGUCAAACGUCAACUCUACAGUGGCGUUAUCGACGUGCGACGGAAUGUCAGGUCUGAUUCGCACCCAGGAGGCCGAUUACUUCUUGAAGCCCCUCCACAUGAACCAGUUGCAGAAUGAGAACUACACCGCAGCACCCGAACACCAUCCACACAUCCUCUACAGGAUAAACACACACACACCGGAGCGCUCGGGCGGAGCCAAGCGGCGUCACCGCCGUCACAGUCACCAUGGCGACUACCGGCAUGGACCACACCAGAAACAACACUACUGCGGAAGAAGGAAGAAAUAUAUGCCGCAGCCUCCCGCUGAAGACGUUUACGUUUUUUCUGACGAGUAUAAACCGGCUCCGAGAGAAAAGCGAGCAGCAAUGCUACGCUCUAACCCCAAACUCAACUUGGAGACGCUGGUGGUUGUGGAUCAGAAGAUGAUGGAGAAUCACAGACAAGAGAACGUCACCACGUUUGUCCUCACCGUCCUCAACAUGGUCUCCACACUGUUUAAAGACAGGACGAUAGGAGGAGACAUUAACGUUGUGAUCGUGGGACUGAUCCUACUGAGUGGAGAGCAGGAUGGUUUGGUGAUUAAUCAUCACGCUGAUCACACUCUGAGCAGUUUCUGUCAGUGGCAGUCAGCUCUGUCGGGGCGUGAAGGUCGUCGCCAUGAUCACGCCAUCCUGCUGACCGGCCUGGACAUCUGCUCCUGGAAGAAUGAGCCGUGUGACACACUGGGUUUCGCUCCCAUAAGCGGGAUGUGUAGUAAAUACCGGAGCUGCACCGUUAAUGAGGACACAGGGCUCGGACUCGCCUUCACCAUCGCUCACGAGUCUGGACACAACUUUGGUAUGGUCCACGACGGUGAAGGGAACGUGUGUAAAAAGUCCAUAGGGAACAUCAUGUCCCCGACACUAGCGGGAGAUAACGGGCUUUUCUCCUGGUCGUCCUGCAGCCGACAAUAUCUCACACGCUUCCUCAGCACUGCUCAAGCCACGUGUCUUUCGGAUGAGCCGAAGGCGUUGGAGGAAUACAAAUAUCCGGAGAAACUUCCAGGCGAGCUCUAUGACACCGACACUCAGUGCAAGUGGCAGUUUGGAGAAAAAGCCAAACUCUGCACACUCAGUUUCAAAAAGGACAUCUGUAAGGCUCUGUGGUGUCAUCGCACUGGGCGAAAAUGCGAGACCAAGUUCAUGCCGGCGGCCGAGGGCUCCAGCUGCGGCCCUGAAAUGUGGUGCCGUCGUGGGGAGUGUGUGAAGCGUGGUGAUGAAAUUCCUCGUCCAGGUUACGGUCACUGGUCCGAGUGGUCUGAAUGGUCCAGCUGCUCCAGGACCUGCGAGAGCGGCGUGAUGUCCCGAGAGCGACAGUGCAAGCACCACGACAGUAAGGAUGGACGGAGUGUGUGUAAGGGUGUGUCUCGCGUCUAUAAACUGUGUAACACUUUCGACUGUCCUGCCAGUGUGGUGGACUUCAGAGCGGCUCAGUGCGCUGAGUUUAACACAAAGCCCUUCCGCGGCCAUUACUACAAAUGGAAACCUUACACACGGUUCAAAGAUCAGGACGUGUGCAAACUCUACUGCUUUGCUGAGGGCUACGACUUCUUUUAUGCACUGUCCAACAAAGUUCGUGACGGCACACGGUGUACGCCAGACAGCAGCGAUGUGUGUAUUGACGGCAUGUGUGAGAAAGUGGGUUGUGACCAAGAGCUGGGUUCAACAGCUGUUCUGGACAUGUGCAGUGUCUGCAAUGGCAAAAACUCUACCUGCAAACUCUACAAAGGCCGAUACACCAAGCAACACUAUUCCAAUCAGUACUAUGGAGUAGUCACUAUCCCACCAGGUGCCCGAAACAUUCAAGUAGUGGAGUCAAACUCUUCCAGAUCUUUUCUUGCUUUAAGGAAUACAAACAGGAAAUAUUAUCUAAACGGUCACUGGAAAGUGGACUGGCCUGGACGUUACUCUUUUGCCGGAGCAGUCUUUGAGUAUAAACGGCCUUAUAAUGGUAUUGAGAGUCUGACCUCUACAGGGCCCACCAGUGAAUAUCUAGUAGUAGAGAUCUUGCUGCAGGGUUUGAACCCUGGUGUACGAUGGGAAUACACACUAACCAAAGGCAAGGCAGAGAAGGCAUCCAAGCCCAAACAUACAUACACAUGGGCUGUGAUUCGCUCAGAGUGCUCCGCUACUUGUGCUGGAGGUGAGAUGAAAACGAAGGCGGCGUGUUAUAAGGAUCAGCAAGUCCAAGUGAACACGUCCUACUGCAACCCUAAAUCUCGGCCCAAAACCGGCACCGUACCCUGUAACCCCCAACCUUGCCCUCCCAGAUGGAGUGUAGAAGACUGGGGUGUGUGUAGCCGUACGUGUGGUUCGGGGGAACAGAGUCGACAGGUGCAGUGUGUCCAGGCGGCGAGUCACGCUCGGGUGAAGGUGCUGAGUGACGAGCAGUGUGUUCAGCCGCCACCUGCACGCACACACACCUGUAACACACACUCCUGCCCACCCACAUGGAGCGUCGGCACCUGGAGUCAGUGUUCAGGGAAGUGUGGUAAGGGUGUGCAGAGGAGGGCAGUGAUGUGUGUGCGCAAAACUCCUGGAACGCGUGACCUCGUUCUCCCGGACAGCGAGUGUGUGUCUCUUCCCAAACCGCACAGUCUGGAGAACUGUGCACUAAAACCCUGCCCGAGAGCUCAUAACACACACUGGAGCUACACUCACUGGCAGCAGUGUUCAGUGACGUGCGGUGCAGGAGUACAACGCCGCUCUCUGCAGUGUGUGGAGAAGGACGUGACGGGGAAACACAGACUGCUGACGGAGAAGAAGUGCCAACACACACCCAAACCUACAGGGGAGCUGCAGAGGGUGUGUGUUCAACCGGACUGCGUCAACACACACCGCUCGCGCACACCUCAGUGGUACACAUCCUCCUGGUCUCAGUGUACAGUGUCAUGUGGUGGUGGUGUACAGCUGCGCUCUGUCCAGUGUCUUCUCCACAGACGCCCCUCGUCCACUUGUCCCCUUUCUCUGAAACCGGCUGCGUCCCAAACCUGCAACACUAACUUCUGCCCUCAGCAGCACAGAGACCCCACGUGUAAGGAUUCCUACAGCUGGUGUCACCUGGUGCUGCAGCACGGCGUGUGUAACCAUCACCUGUACAGGACGCAGUGCUGCCUCUCCUGCUCAAACACCAACUUCUGAUCAGCAUCAGGGAAAUGAUGGAUUAGCAUGUUAGCAUGUGAGACACACACACAGAGACACAGCCGCUCGAGCGCACACACACACACCCACCAGUGUGUCUGUAGAGUGUGUGGAGCAGCUCACAUCAGACUGAGACGCAGGGAUGUGGACGCGUGUUGAAGACGGGCUCUCGGGACAGAGACAGAGA